AUGCUCACACGAUCUGCCGCGCGCAAGCGCAACGACACUGCUGCUAUCCUAGAGAGAAAGAUGCUCGAAAAAUGCGAUCCUAUGAAGCAUGUGAACGACGACACGAUCAACAUGAUCUUUAGCCACUUCACACCAGAGGAACUCGUCAGCUUGGAACGAGUUAGUCGUGAAUGGCAAGCGGCGCUGAGAUCCUGGGCUGAGAUAUGGGGCUUUCGCACUUGCUUUCCGUUUAUCUGGACGCAUGCUCAGCGAAAGGGUAUCUCAAAUGAGGGCUAUGUGGCUUUCAAACGUCUUGCUCGUCAACAAUACUUGAUGCAACGCGGACGACCUAGGAAGAUAUUCAAGCUAAAAGACGCCCUCUUACUCUCGUUAGCUGGCAGCUACAUAGCAUGA